AUGAUGAGAGCUCAUGAUCUGUGGCAAGAAAUGGAGUCCAUGGGGGUGGCCUCCGUUGCCGUUGCCUUUUCUGCUUUUAUUGACGGGCUUUCUAAAGGUGGGUUUGUCGAAAAGGCGUAUGACAUGUUCUUGAAAAUGACGAGCAAAGGUCUUCUGCCGAAUAACUUUGCUUACAAUUCUUUGAUUUCUGGUUUUUGCAAUUGUGGGAAUCUAGACGAAGCCUGGAAGUUGGAGAUGGAGAUGAGGGAGAGGGGUUUAAUACCAGAUUUAAUCACCUUCAACAUUAUUAUCAAAGGGUUUUGUAGACAGGAGAGGAUGACAUCAGCCAUGAAUACUUACAUAGAUAUGCACAGGAACGGAUUCACAGCAGAUACCGUGACUUACAACACUUUGAUCAGUGGAUUCUGUAAGCAGUUCGAUAUGUUGAAUGCUAAAAAUUGGGCUAACAGAAUGGAGUCCAGUGGGUGGGGCCCGGAUGUAAUAACCUACAACACGCAGAUUCACGGCUACUGCCGAAGCAAGAGAAUGGAUCAGGCUAUAAUGAUGUUCGAUGAUGUUAUUUCUUCCGGAAUCGUUCCCGACACAGUCACCCACAACCCUCUGAUGAAUGGUAUAUGUCAUGAUAUACUGGAUCAUGCGAUGAUCUUGACAGCAAAACUGCUCAAGAUUUCCUUUGUUCCGGAUUUAGUUACGAUUAACUUACUGCUGUCUAAUCUGCGCAAGCAAGGGCUACCGCAGAAGACAGUGAGAUGGUUUCACAAGUUGAGGGAGAUUGAGUUUGAGUUCGAUGAGAUAACAUGCAAGAUUUUGGACAAAGCGGAUCGGGAUUUAGAAGAAGAUGUUGGAUGUACAGAAGAAAUAACGGGGAAUAUUACGUUUAUCAAAUGGAUUAGGUGGUAA